AUGAACAAAGAGGUUAGCGAGUUCGAGCCCUGCUGGGAUCUGCUCCGGUCCUCGCUCGUCGACAUCCACACGAAAAAUGCCAGCCGCCUCUCUUUCGAGCAGCUCUACCGGGCCUCUUACAAGAUUGUCCUGCGGAAAAAAGGGGAUCUUCUCUAUGAGAGAGUCAAAAUCUUUGAGAUGGAAUGGUUCCGUGACCACAUUAUGCCCGUCAUCACGGAGCUCGUAUCCAACAACCUGGUUAGCACCGCGCUGGUCCAGCCGUCGGGGUCGAGCGCCCACGAGCGGCGGGAGACGGGCGAGAAGUUCCUAAGAGGCAUACGAGACUCGUGGCGCGACCACAACAUGUCCAUGAAUAUGAUUGCCGACGUCCUCAUGUACCUGGACCGAACCUAUACGGCGGAUUAUAAGAAACCUUCCAUAUUUGCCACCACAAUCGGCCUGUUCCGGGACAACAUUUUACGCAACACGUUGGGCUCUGCCGUGCAAGAUCUUGGAGAGCCCUUUGUCAUCUUCGACAUUCUCAACGCCGUGGUGCUGGAUUUGAUCAAUAUGGAGAGAGAUGGCGAUAAUAUCGACCGCAAUCUCCUCCGCAACAUCACGACCAUGCUGGAGUCUUUGUAUGAAACCGACGACGAGCUCGAGAAGCAAAAGCUAUAUCUUACUGUAUUUGAACCGCGAUUUCUCGAAUCCAGCAGAGCCUUUUACCGGAACGAGUCUGAGAGGCUCCUUCGAGAAUCCGACACAGGCACGUGGCUCCGACACACCCGGCGACGGCUCGAAGAGGAACAUGACCGGUGUGGCACAACAAUAUCUCAUCUCACUGCGGAAAAAAUAGCGGCGGUGAUAGAUGCCGAGCUGAUAGUUUCAAAGUUGGACGACUUCCUCGGGAUGGAAGGCGUGGGUUUGAAGAAUAUGAUCGACCAUGACCGCAUCGAGGAUCUGACCAUCGUGUACAAUCUCGUGUCGAGGGUAGACAAGACCAAGAUGCCGCUCAAGAACGCGCUGCAGCGCCGAGUCAUGGACCUUGGGGUUGAGGUGGAGAAGACUCUCCGGGAGACGGAUUUCUCGAACCCGUCCGCCAACGUCGCUGCCGACGGUGACGAUGGUGGAGACAAGCCCAAGGCGCAGACUUUGAAUGCGGCCGCGCAGCAGACAGCAGCGGCAAUUAAAUGGGUGGACGAUGUCUUGCGACUGAAGGACAAGUUUGACAACUUGUGCGUGACGUGCUUCAACAAUGACCUCGUUCUCCAGUCCGCCGUGACAAAGAGCUUCUCCGAAUUCAUCAACCUGUUUAAAAUGAGCUCCGAGUACGUGUCGCUCUUCAUAGACGACAACCUGAAGCGAGGCAACAAGGGCAGGUCGGACGCGGAGAUCGAAGUGGUCUUGGACAAGGCCAUUGUUCUGCUGAGAUAUCUCGGCGAUCGAGACAUGUUCGAGAGAUAUUACCAGAAACACCUUGCGCGACGGCUGCUGCACGGCAAAUCCGAGAUUGAGACGGAGAAGGAGCUGGCAAGACGGAUGAGGGCCGAGAUGGGAAACCAUUUCACACACAAGUUCGACGGCAUGUUCAAGGACAUGGAGAUAUCGAAGGACCUGAGCGACAACUACAGGGACCACAUCCGGAACCUGGGAGACGCCGACUCAAGGCGGGUCGAUCUCGGCAUCCAUGUGCUUACUUCCAACAACUGGCCGCCCGAAGCCACGCGCAGCUCCCAGGACGAAGGCUCCAAGUGGAAGGGGAAGGGUGAUUGCAUCUUCCCACCCGAGAUUAGGCGGCUGCAAGAUAGCUUCUUCAAGUACUAUCUCCGGAACCGGAGUGGAAGAGUGCUGACUUGGGUCCCUUCGGCGGGUUCUGCCGACAUCAAGUGCGUCUUCCCCAAGGUGCCGGGCAAAGAGACAGGCCCAUUGAGCAAGGAGCGUCGAUACGAAUUGAACGUUCCCACUCAUGGAAUGGUCAUCCUGAUGCUCUUCAACGACCUCCCCGACGGCGAAACCCUGAGCUUUGAGGAGAUCCAGGCGAAGACGAACAUGUCUGGGACAGAUCUCGUCCGGUCUCUUGCGUCGCUCUCAAUUGCGCCAAAGGCAAGAGUGCUCCUGAAAGAGCCGCCGACAAAGAACAUCAAGCCGGCAGACAAGUUUGGCUUCAACCCACAGUUUGUCAGCAAAGCUAUCAAGAUCAAGGCGCCCACUCUCAACGGCGUGUCCAAGGUGGAGGGUGAAGAGGAGCGCAAGGAGACGGAGAAAAAGAACGAUCAAACUCGCCAACAUGUGGUGGAUGCGGCGAUUGUGCGGAUCAUGAAACAACGCAAGAAUCUCAGCCACAUCCAGCUCACCACCGAGAUCAUCACCCAGCUCUCGAGUCGGUUCAAACCCGAUAUUGGGAUGAUCAAGAGACGGAUCGAGGAUCUCCUGGUGCGCGAAUACCUCGAGCGCACGGAAGGCGACUCGACUGUCUACCGCUACUUGGCGUAG